GUUGUCGACUGGGAGUCGACAUGUACUGAAGUUGUCUGCAGGAGAGACAUAUCUCAGUGACUACGGAACAAACAGUACACAGAGAAGACGAUACAUGAUCGAUUGACCAUGAGUGAGCAGUUGAGAGGGAGCCCCUAUGGGUCCUCGACCCAAGAGCUGAGACUUAUUCUUUUGGGAAACAUUGGAUGUGGCAAGACCUCUUCGGCGGACACUAUCCUUGGCCAGCUGUCACCCAUCUCUCCCACUGCCUCCAGGAGCUGCCAGCUGCGACAGGGCAUCUCUGAGGGCAGGGGUUUGACUGUGGUGGAGGCGCCGAGAUGGUACUGGACCGGCGGGAAGAUGGAGGAAAGUGUCAGGGAGGAGACGGAGCGAGCGAUGACGCUGGUUACACCAGGCCCACAUGCUAUUUUGCUGCUGGUUCCUGUUGGCCAAUUCACAGAGAUGGAGUGUCGUGUGCCUGCAGAGCUGGAGGAGGCAUUUGGGGAGGAGGCGCUGGAUCACACCCUGGUCCUGCUGACCUGUGGGGACUAUUUGAUGGGAAGAACACUGGAGGAAUACCUGCAGAAAGAACACCCAGGCCUGAGGCAGAUGAUUGAGAGCUGUGGGGGAAGGUGCCAUGUCUUCAAUAAUCGUCAGCGUCAGGACAGGGAGCAAGUCCGGGAGCUGCUGGAUAAGGUGGACAACAUGGUGAAGAGAAAUGGGGUAUACUAUAUGAGAACAGCCCAGGAGAGAGAAUUGGAGAAACGAGUGAAAGAGAGAAAGCGGGAACUUAUGGAAACAUACAGAGCUCAGAGAAGAGAGCCCGUCGCUUCAACACACAUCUUAAACACAGAAACACGAAGGAGUGUGGAUCGUGUGGAUAGAGGAGAGGAGUACAGCACCAUCUUGGAGAGGAGGAGAGAAGAGAGGCAUGAAACAGAGGAAAGUGUGGGUGUGAGGCAAAGAUCUAACGGGCUUCAUUCAACUCCAGCACCAGAGCAACAGUCCUUUUCAGAGCCGCAUGAUGACAGACAAUUCAAGAGGACUCCCAGCUUCAAAUUAAAUGCAGAUGGAGCUAUACUCUCACAAAUGUCUGAGGGUAAAUCAACUCCCAAAGUGGUCACUACUUUACAUCACAGAAUGAACAGCUUUGAAGAGAGAUCCCCUGAGGCAUCUCCGACCUCCUCUCCUUAUUCGCCUGUCUUUACCUCUUCCCCCUCCUCGCCAACCUUUACCUCCUCUUCCACCUCAUUCCCCGGAUCCUCUUCUCCCACCUCAUACCCCAGAUCCUCUUCUCCCACCUCAUUCCCCAGAUCCUCUUCUCCCACCUCAUUCCCCAGACCUUCUUCUCCCACCUCAUACCCCAGAUCCUCUUCUCCCACCUCAUACCCCAGAUCCUCUUCUCCCACCUCAUUCCCCAGACCUUCUUCUCCCACCUCAUUCCCCAGAUCCUCUUCUCCCACCUCAUUCCCCAGAUCCUCUUCUCCCACCUCAUUCCCCAGACCUUCUUCUCCCACCUCAUUCCCCAGAUCCUCUUCUCCCACCUCAUACCCCAGAUCCUCUUCUCCCACCUCAUUCCCCAGAUCCUCUUCUCCAACCUCAUUCCCCUCGUCCUCCUCAUCUUCUUCAUCCUCUCCGGAGCUGCGUCUGGUGCUGCUUGGGCGAUCUGGAUCAGGGAAGAGUGCAGCUGGCAACAGCAUACUGGGGCGGGAGGUGUUUGAGUCAUGCCCAGACAGCCUCACAGCAGUCACUCAGGAGUGUGAGAAAAAGAAAUCCAUGGUUGAGGGAAGACAGGUGGCAGUAGUGGACACCCCAGACUGGUACAAUUCAGAGCGAGCUCCAGAUGAGGUGCGAGCUCAGAUCUCCUCCUGUGUUGCUUUGUCCAGCCCCGGCCCUCAUGCCUUCCUCAUGUGCGUCCCCUUAGACCAGCCUGCAAAGACCGAACUGAAGGCUCUCGAGGCCCUUGAGAAUGUUUUUGGCCCAGAGGCGGUCCAGAGACAUACUAUUCUCCUCUUUACUUACGCAGAUAAACUGAGGGAGAGUGGGAAGGCAGGCAGUGACAGCGUGGAGGCAUACAUUGCUGGUCAACGGGGGGAUUUGUUAAAGCUCGUGGAGAAAUGCGGGGACAGGUUUCAUGUGAUGGAGACGGGAGGAGGUUGGAGGGAGAGGAGGAACGUGGCAGAGCUGCUAGAGAAGGUGGAGCAGACAGUGAAGGAAAGUGGAGGACAGUGUUAUUCUCAUCCUGCUUUUCAAGAGGCAGAGACCAAAUUGAGGCAGAGACAGGUGCAGCUAGCAAGGGAGAGAAGGGGAGAAAUAGUGGAGCAAGACAGACUGGCAGACGUUAAACAGCUCAGCUCUGAAAGGCGGGUUCUCUAUCCAUAUAUGCAGACUGUGGCUGAGGCAGAGGAGGAAGUGUUAGAGGAUGAGAUUGAGAAAACAAGGGAUGAGGCAGAGAUGAGUGUAAAAACAAUGAAUAAUGAGAGCCUUCCUCCUAUUACACGUUCCACCAUGUCCCCUUCACUUCUUCGUUCCAUUAUGGAGAAAAUGGAGUCCAGUGCAAAGAUGUUACCCAAACUUUUGGCAGAUAGCUCUGUGUGGGUUGGUGAGGGAGCAAAGAAGGUGAAAGAUAGUCCGGUGUGGGGGACAGUCGGCACUAGAGCAAAAAAUGUCCAGAAGACUGUGGCUGAUAGUCCUGUGUGGGGGAAGGUGGGAGCUGGUGCUGGACAUGUGUCCAAACUAGUAGGAGAUAGAGUUCCCAAGUCAGUGGUGGAUGGUUCUGCUUGGGUGGGAUCUGGAGCAAAGGCAGUAGCAGCUAGUCCAGUUUGGGGAAAAGUUGGUUCAGGGGCCAAAUCAGGGGCCAAAAUAGUGGCGGAAAACUCCAUGCGUGUCGGAUCUGGGAUUGGAGCCGGGGCAAAGAAUUUGGCGCAGAGUCCUGUGUGGGGAAAAGUAGGAUCUGGGGCCAAAACUGGAGCUAAAAUGAUGGCUGACGGCUCUGUGCGACUUGGAGCUGGAAUUGGUGCUGGUGCAAAGAAGGUGGCGCAGAGUCCAGUGUGGGGGCAGAUAGGCUCUGGGGCAAAAUCAGGGGCCAAAAUGGUGGCUGAGAGCCCAAUGUGGGAGAAAAUUGGGAAUACUGCUAAACAGGUGCCCAAGGUAGUCAUAGGGGGCGCAGUGCUGGGUCUGGUGCUUGGUGUGCUUUUGGGGGGGGUGAUUGGCGGAGCAAUCGGGGCAGCUGCUGGAUCUGCGGUAACUGAGGUGGGCAGACGAAAAUUCAGCAACAAAGACACUUUAGAAAAGACGGAUGAAGCUGCAAAAAAUGUGGCAAGAACAGUGAAUGAUAGAAUUGACUCUCUGGUAAAGCAAGGAGAGAAAGUAUUGAAAACUGAAUGAACAGCUGAAUGGUUCAUGUAUAUAAAAUGUAAAACACAUGUAAAAACAUUAAGUUGUGAAUUAGUACCAUCAAAGUGCAUAAUUCAAAAACAGCGACACAUAUAUUUGUUUAUUUUGACAGAUUGACGAUGUGUGAAACAUACACUUUUCUAUUAAUCUUUCUUUCUGUACUAAUAGACUGCAUGUUACAGGACUCAUUUCAGAAUACUUGUGUCAAAAUGUAUUAACUAUUAUAUAAACAGAUGCCUUAAGACGAAUCCAAACUAUAAUUUUUUUCCAUUAUUUUCUUAAAGGUCCAGUGUGUUGGAUGUCUGAAUAGGCAAUAAUGAAAUGUAAAAUAAUGUUUUUGUUAGCGUGUAGUCAUCGGAAAAUAAGAAUCAUGUUUUUGUUACCUUAGAAUGAGCCGUUUAUAUCUACAAAGGGAGUGGGUCCUCGUUCAUGGAGUCUGCCUUGUUGCACCACCAUGUUCUACAGCAGCCCAGACCAAACACUGGCGCGUUUUUGUGUUGGCCACCAUAGUUGGCAGCCUCUCAGCGACGAGCAGUGUUGAGAAAAAUCCAGAUUCUAUAAUGUGAAACUGCUUUAUUUAGUGUUUUGCCAGUUUAAAAUGCUGGGUCUGUUUAUUAUGAAAUGGAGGAGACCUCUGCAGACAAUCGGCUCCUGCUAAAGACCUCCUGAAUGUCUUGAUCAGAAAUAAGGUGUACACACAUUAGCAGGUGCUGGGCAAGCAGCCCAUCUCUGACACGCUUAGACACUGAUUUGUAAUGUAAAACUGCUUCAUUCAACUUUUUUUUUUUAAACUGUUAUUAAUCACCUGGUCUCUGUGCUUUGGAGAGGAAGAGACCUCUGCUGAUAAUUCGGCUCCUGGUGAAAACCUCCUGAUGCCACUGAACUCCCCUAAAUCGUACACACUGGACCUUUAAGUUUCCUUCCAGCAGCUUAUAAAUAAAGUUGGGUGUGAUGUUUUUUCAAAGGCUGAAUGUCACUCACACUAAAUGGUAUGUUCUAGAUAUGAUUUUGACAAAAUGAACUUGGCUAAACUUGGCUAAAUUGAUUUUGUUUGUGCAAGUGACAAACACUUAGGUGUUUGUCCUAUAUACUGUUUGCAAGAUGUCAUUCUGUAAGAAAAUAGAAAAUAUUUUGAACCUAUGAUUUAUUGUAAUUUCCUUUUCAUUUCUUAAUGUCCGAAUACUGUGCUACAGGUGCUAGUAGUGCCUAAUAAAAAACAGAACAUUCAUUACAAAA